AUGGAGGAAUCUAUGGCAGUUACAUGUUCCAGGGAAGAUCAAACACUUUCUAUGGAGGCACUUAUUGACAUUCUACCUACAAAACAUGUGUUACUGAAAAAACAAAUUGUGGAAGAUGGCUUGUGUCCUAUCUGUCAAGGAAAUGAGGAGAAUGUUAUUCAUGUUCUUUGGAAUUGUUUUGCUACUAUGGAUGUUUGGGGAGAGAGAGAUAGCCCUCUCAACAAAUGGAGUUCUAAUUAUAAGGAUUUCAUAUUGUUAUGGUUGGACAUGGUUAACAGGUUGGAUGUUGUACAGCUAGAUCAAGUGGCUAUUAUUCUUUACAAGAUCUGGGCUAGAAGGACUUGUUUUGUCUUUAAAAACAUUUUUAAUAGUCCACUUGUUUUAGUUAAAUCAGCAUUGAAUGAUGUAGAAGUUUUUCAUGAAUCUCAUUUGAGAUUAACUUAUGAUGCAGCCAGCCUACCUCAACAGAUCACUAAAGUGGAAUGGAGGCCACCAACAAAUCCCUUCUAUAAGUUAAAUUUUGAUGCGGCCUUUGACUCUGAGAAGAGGCUGAUGGGUAUUGGCAUAGUGGUAAGGAACAGCAGAGGUGAGGUGCUAGCUGUGGUUUCUGCUCCCAAAAGUCAUAUUUGUUCUGCUUUUUCUGCAGAAUGCUAUGCACUUCUAAGAAGCAUCAAGUUGUGCCAAGCGUUGUGUUUAUACCAGGUGGUGUUCGAGGUAGAUGCUAAGGCAGUAGUGAAUAGUAUUAAUAGUUAUAACAACAGCCAUUCCUGGCAAGGGCUUUUGAUUGAUGACAUACAAUUCUUAAUAAAAGGACAUGCAAAUUGGAACCUGAUUUUUACUAAGAGAACUGGAAAUAAAGCUACUCAUAUUGCAGCAAAGUUAGGCAUGUAUUUAGAUAGUGAAUCAGUGUGGAUAGAAGAGGGUCCCCCGGAAUUUUUGUCCGUAACUUUACUUGAAAGUCAUGUACUUGCACAAAAGAGCAUUUAA